CGGCCGCAAUUCCAUCGGCUCGGUCAAGCCGGGCUCGAGUCUCCUGGGCGGUCAAGUGAAACGGGAGCUGCCCAUGGACCAUGGCGACCAUGGCGACUACACCGCUCGCCGCGGCAGCUCGCUUUCUACCGUCAAGCCCCCAGACUGCGACAUGGCACUUGACAGCGACGACGAUCGCCCAGAUCUCCGCCGCCCUUCCAUGGCCAACCAUUCGUACGUCCCACGUCCAAAGGACCCGUCGCAAUGCUGACCCGACCCGCCUGCAGUCUCCAGAGCGAGCGCCAGCUCGGCCAGCGGUCCCUCGAAAACUCAUCCCAAGCUUACGACAAGCAGCUGCUCUCCAAGAUCGGUGGGCCCAACACCCCGACCCGCGGCCCGGCUGCCGGCUUCCUCUCGACCAGCGCCCAAGAGGCUGCCUCGAGCCCGCACACGACCCUGAGCAAGCUGAAUGGCCAGCUCAAACCGCUGUCCAUGCCCGAGCGGCGCAUGAACUCGGUAGACCUGUCUGCGACGUCGCGAUGGCCCCCGAGCUCUGGUGCCAUCUCGCCGGGCCAGACGACCUUCCGCAGUCCCAUUUACGACCCCGCCACCGUCGGCGACCACAACCCUGCUCCGCGGCCUUACGGCAGCAUCUCAGGCCUCAGCGCUUACGAUGACGCUGCGUCGCACAGGGGCAGCUAUGACCACGGCGUCUUCUUGGACCCCGACUUCGCCAUGGAGGAGAACGGUAUGCGCGAUCUCAACCUCAACGACCGCAGCCCUGCCGGCUCCGAGGAAUACCAACUCAGCGGUCAGGGCGGUCUCAAGAGACGGGCCUCGUCCCCGCCCACCGAGGCUGCCCGCGAGGACCGUCCCAGCGGAGGCAACGACCUGUACCACCGUCGUUCGGCACAGAUGCUCGUCAACCGCAACUCUCCAAUCUCGCGCUUCCACGCCAACCACUCCUCGGUCUCGUCGACGGCAUCAUCACUGGGGCAGCGCACUGGUUCCCUUGGCUCGUCCUAUGGCCUCUCAAUCGCGAGCAGCGCCACGAGCUACAACACUGAUCGACUGUCGCCUGGCGCGCUGUCGCCGUCGGUCGACGAGUUUGGCCCCGUCUCGCCCUACUCGACCAACCGCUCUCUCAACCCUAGCCCGCGCGGAUCCUUGUCCAAGGCCCACCAGCGCGCGCUGUCGGGCGAGGACGCGAUGCAUAACCGCAAGCUGUCGGUGGAUAGCCUGGCACACUCGCGCCAGAACAGCGUGUCACGGAUUCAGGGACUCUACAUCUGCGAGUGUUGCCCGAAGAAGCCAAAGAAGUUCGACAGCGAGGAGGAGUUGCGGAUCCACGAAAUGGAGAAGCAGUACACGUGCCAAUAUUGCCCGAACCGCUUUAAGAACAAGAACGAGGCGGAGCGGCACCAAAACUCGCUGCAUCUGCGGCGACAUUCGUGGUCGUGCGCGGCGCUGGCGGGCGUGCAGGCAGCCUUCCACCCGUCGACGGUGCACCCCACGACGGCCGACGUCUGUGGGUACUGCGGCGAGGAGUUCCCGAACCCCGCGGAUUGGGACAUGCGCGCCGAGCACCUGAAUCACGUGCACAAGUUCGGCGAAUGCAACCAAGCCAAGAAGUUCUUCCGCGCCGAUCACUUCCGUCAACACCUGAAGCACAGUCACGCAGGCACCAGCGGCAAGUGGACCAACAUGCUCGAGAACGCAUGUAUGAAAGACGAGCCUCCACCAAAGGAGCGCAUCGCGUCUGUGAGCGCGCUGCCGGGCGCGCCCAUGGGCGCUGGUGGCCCUGCGCUGACUGCAGCCGCUGCGCUCAAGCCGGGUGUAAUCAAUGAAUCACGAGAGGAGUCCUAAGGGAGGGGCGUUACAGGGCGAACUUUACUGGCGGUUACUAAGCGAGCAUCUUCUUCAUCGAGCAUUGCCGCGGUGUCAUUAGAACAUCCACAACUCAUCAUUUUCAGCCAAGG